ACAACUUCAGAUCUAAGAAAUUCCCACAAUACCUCAAAAACCUAAGAAUGAGGAUUGUCAGCAGUCGUGUUUUUGUCUUAUUGUGCCUCUUAGGUGUCCUUGGAGAUGUUGGAGGUGUGAUUUGUAGGUUAUGCAACCUUUCAAUCCCCUUCCAUGGAUGUCUUUUAGACUUUGGAACCUGCAGAACAAAACCUGGUCAGUACUGUUUUAAAGAGGUCCACAUUAAAGGUGGAAUUCAAUGGUUUUCUACUAAAGGCUGCACAGAGGCCCAAGCUGAUUGCUUCAGGAGAAGGAUAAUCCGUGAUAUGAUCCAGACUUCUCACUGCUGCCAUCGUCCUUUGUGCAAUUUCUGACCCAGAAGUCCUUAUCCAGAUUGCUUGACUCAUCAGUCAGUCUCAAUGCCUGACCUGGUCAGCACAGGAUGACAGCCACCAUCCAUCCGCCCUCUGCAGAAACCUCAGACCUUUGCAGGUUGUAAAGAGUUAUGGUCUGAAACCGAUUUGGGCUUUCAAGGUGCCCAACUUCUCCCCCACCAACUUCAACUCAUCUCAGAAACAUCCUUUCAACACCAUCUCUCGCCUCUCCUCUUUCUGCUUAACUCCCCUUCCGAUGAUUUCAUGGCUACAAAGAAGUAAAAAUGGGAGUGAUUCCCGGAGUCGAAUUAUGUA